AUGUUUCAAGUUAUCCAAUUGGAGAAUGGAGAUAAUGAGGUGGUUCCUAAAUCAUGGAUAAAAGAAAAUAAGGUAUUAUGGUCUAACAUAGCAAGAACAUAUGCUGAAAAAAAUUAUAAUCCUAGGCGCACGUGGAAAUUAGAAAAAUGUGUCACAUGUUUUGAUAAUGCCUGCUUUGAUACUUAUGAAAAAGCACUUGAAAAGUGUAAAAUUUUAAAGGAGAUAACUGAUUCAUCUCAUCAAAGUGUCGACAGUUCUAUGGUCCAUAGCCGUUGUAAAACGAAAAAACAGGAAUCAGACUUUGAAUAUUAUGCUGAUAAUUAUCAGAGUAGUUAUGAUGAAGAUACAAAUGAUGAAUUGCCUUUAGAUGACUUACCAAGUAUGUCAGAAGAAGAAAAUGAUGAAACUCUAACGGAUACAACAGCUGGCAUUCAACCAGAUACCGUUACUGAACUAAAUAAUCCGCAAUUUAAUGGUGUUGAAAAAGCUACUGUUGCAAUGAGCAAUCCUGAUGGUAGUCUUGACAUAACGGACCUUUUACCAAGUCUUUGUAAAUGUUCUGAUGUAAAAGACGAGUUAAAAAACGCAUUUAAUCGAGAAAUAAGUGAAUUAAGAAAAGAUAUUAAAGAAAUAAAGGCUGCCUUAAUGGAAAAUUCCAACCGCAUAGAGACAUUUAUGUUCCAAAGCAAAAGGGAGUGGGAGGUCCUUAAAAUAAAUAUUCAAAAUAUUAAUAUAAAUCCAAAAUUCAGUCAAAAUGAUAUGGAUAAAGAACUAGAAUCGAUAUUCCAAGAAGUAUUGCCUUUAUCUUGCAUAGAGAAUUUAAAGGUUUUAAAUGAUUUAUUAUUAGAGGAGAAAAGGGAAAAUUAUUUUGUUAAAAAAAUCAGACAAAUAGGUGGUAAAGAUGCCAAAUCAACUUUAAUGAACAUAAUUAAAACAUGUUUUACAAUGGAAUUCCAAAGAAUGUGCAAUUGGUCUGGGGCCAAUAAAAAAAUCAAAUUACAGGGUUCAAAAGUAAUAGAGAUAAUUAUAAAAUUUAUGCUGGAAAAUUUCCAUUUAACUAAAAUUGAUAUAGAAGGGCACUUAAAAUACAUUUUUCAGCAUAGUUAUGACCGCUUCAAGCUAGAGACCAAGCAGCGGAACCAAAGCACUAUAGUGCAUGAAAGAACAUAA